AUGGGUCACCCCGCUCCAGUCGACGUACUGCGCAAGAUGAUCACGACCAACAUGAUCAAGGAUGUGCGAGUCCCUCUCAAGUUGGGUGGAGCAAGUGCAUGCCGCAGGUGUCAACAAGGUGAAAAAGUCCAAAAACCAUUCCCAAGCAACCGCGACAAGCGCAGCUAUGAUAAGUGUGAGCUGCUUCAUCUGGACAUCUGUGGGUCCAUGGAAAACGAUUCGCUCGGUGGUAGCAGAUAUCUGCUACUGAUCAGUGAAGACUACGUCCGGAAGUACAUCACUGUGGUUCAGACGCAGUUCAGUAAGAAGGUCAAGUUUGUGCGACACGACGGAGCUUGCGAGCUCGCAACCAACUCGCUUCAAAUGUUCUACAAAGAUGAAGGCAUUGAACAGCAAACAACGGUGACAUAUGCGCAUCAAACCAACGGAACAGCAGAGCGUGCCAUUUGGACUAUCCUUACGAUCGGCCGCAGCAUGCUUCAUCAUGCCAAACUAGACAAUUGUUUCUGGGCUGAAGCAGCGAUGACGGCCAUCUACGUCAAGAAUCGACUGCCGUCACCUAAAGUCGUACUCAAGAAUACGUUUGAGAUCGUCUACAACUCGACGCCAAGCGUCAAGCACAUGCAAGCAUUCGGGCGCCAGACGUACAUACUGACGCCAAAGGAGAAUCGGCUUAAGUGGGAUCCAAAGGCUCGCACUGGCAUAUUCGUGGGCUACGAAGAAGUGUCGAAGGCGUAUCGAGUUUAUGACAUUGAGGCGGGACAGGUGGUUAUCAGUCGCGAUGUCAACUUCGACGAGUCCACCUUUGGACUUCCGCCGCCGAUCACUGAUGAAGAUGCCGAUGACCUGGACUUCGAGUUGCUUGACCUCAAUGAUGAAGAGCCGCGUCAGGUGGAGUACAAGCAAACAGGCAAGCGCAAAAACCGCCUCAGUGAUGAAGAUACAGCAGCUCCACGGCCACGUGCAGUGCGUCAACGACCUGGACUAGAAGAGUCAACCGCGCUAGAAAACAACUCGUCACGCCAAGAAGAAGACGAAGAAAGGAAGGAUUCUGAUGAAUCAACUCCGCCUGUGUUUUGGCAUGCGAGUGCGAAUGUCGUUGAAACAGCAGCAGACUUAUCAGAGCCCUACACACUUGAGGCUGCAGUGAGCGGCCCUGACCAAGUGCACUGGCAAAUGCCAUUUAUGCGGAACUCGAGUCGAUGCGCCUUCGCGGUGUGUUUCGUGCAGCCAAGCUGCCCAACGGACAACGCGCCAUUGGCACAAAGUUAG